GAAGAAAAAAAGCUCUUUUCUCUUCCUCAUGUCCAUAAACGGCGACCUUUCGGAUGGAACCGCAAUUCUCGAAGCACCGAUCGUACGGACAACCAACGCACCACCACCAUCACCAGCCGCAAUUGAAAAUGUCGAUUCCACCGCCACCGCCUCCUCCACCACAGCACUCUGAGAACGACCGUAGCUGCAGCGAACUCAGAGCCUUCGAUUGUAACCUCAAUUCCCUUUGCGAACAUAUCCGAAUGGAAGGUUUCAACGGCGGUUCCUUCUCUGACAUUGUCGUUAACGCCAUGGGAUCCACCUACCACCUCCACCGCUUAAUCCUCUCCCGUAGCUCUUACUUCAGGAAUAUGCUUCACGGGCCUUGGAAAGAAGCUAAUUCUCCGGUUGUAACGCUAAACGUCGACGACAGCAACGUUAACGGCGAAGCAAUCGCGGUCGCGUUGGCUUAUUUGUACGGACACCAUCCCAAGCUUAAUGAUAAUAAUGCGUUUCGCGUUUUAGCUGCUGCUUCAUUUCUUGAUCUUCAGGAUCUAUGUGCUAUAUGUACGGAUUUUAUUAUAUCUGAGCUCUGGACUUCGAAUUUCUUAGCAUAUCAGGUUUUUGCCGAGAAUCAAGAUUAUGGGGUACAUGGAGAAAGGGUGAGGAGUGCUUGCUGGGGCUAUCUUUGUCAAAGUGGUGCCAUGGAAUUGAAAGAGGUGCUUCCUAAACUUUCAUCUCAGACGUUACAUGCAUUACUGACAUCUGAUGAGCUGUGGGUAUCUAGUGAAGAAAAACGGUUUGAACUGGCAUUGUACACCCUUCUCGCAAAAGAUGCUUUUUACCAGCCGGAAAGAUCUGGUCAAGGAAGUUCCUCCUCUUCUGAGAUAGAUGUCGGCACUUCUCUUGAGUCUUCUAAAGGAAAGGGAAAAAAUUUAGUUGAUAGCUUUCAUGCUGAUCUUGCAGGUUGUGUAGUUGACAUACCAGCAGGAAUAUCUAGCGCUGACCAACAGGUUCAGCGGCCUAAAUAUGCUCGUUCAGAAUCUCUGUGCCCCUGUAGCAUGGAUCAGUCUUCAUCAAUGAGUAGUUCAUUUUCAGAGGGUAUAAGAACUUCACAUUCAUAUGUUGAAAUGCCAAUUGGUGAUGGAACAAGUGGAGGAAUGGCCAUGGAGGGGCCAUCUGAGGAAGGCUCGUGCUACCAGUUGAAUAACAAUAAUUGGCUUGCAAGUGAUCAAUCAAAGCAUUGCUCUUCUGAGGAUUCUUCCUGUAGUGGGCUCAUGUUAAAUGAUUGGGGAAGAUGUAGCAUGGCUUCUUUGUCUUGGGGUGGCAGGGUUGUGGGUAAAAGACAGGUAAAAAGCUAUGCAAAAGGGAACUGUGGGGUUGGUGGUGAGGAAUAUGAUGCUUUUGUUAAUAUAUUUGAAGGGGGUUCUCUUCUAUAUUGCAAUAUGUCCUUUGAGGCACUUUUGAAUGUGAGGAAACAACUUGAAGAAUUGGGGUUUCCUUGCAAAGCUCUGAAUGAUGGCCUUUGGCUGCAGAUGCUAUUACGCCAGAGGGUGCAAGAAAUUGGAGCUGACACUUGCAAAAAUUGCUGCCUUACUAGUAUGCAAUGCAGUUGCAGGCAGCCAUUUGGUAUUCAACAUGGAGUAGCUACUACAGGCUAUUAUGUGCAAGAGCAUGACCAAAGUCAUCUAACUGGUAACAUCAGAAAUGUGUAUGUGGCCGACAAUGCUCAAGAUGAAGGAAAUGGCCUUUUUAGGCCAGUUAGAGUGCAGGUUAGGGGGGCUAUUGAUGGGCUUGCAGGUAUUGGACGUGGUGCUACUUCUGUUCCUGCAACUUUGUGGACUCCAACACGUUUUGUCUUUUCUCGUGUGCCCUUUGGUAUGGGCAACAGAAUUGGCCAGCAGUCUCCUGCUAAUGAGGAUUCAGAGGCUAGAGCCGACCAUAAUGGAGACAUGUCUGGAGGUGGCUUAACAGCUCUGGUGGAGUUAAGCCAAGGAGGAACUAGUAAUGCCAUUAAUGUUCGUGAAGAACAAACAGAGAGGAGUUGCGAGUUGGAUCCCCAAAGCAAAGUGCCUAUGACUUCUAUUGCAAGGCCAGCUACUAGUGGGAUUGCCAUGCAGAUGUUAGAGACACCAGAUCGAGCCAUUGGAAUUGACUGGGAGAAUGCAACUAGUUCUUCUAUAUCAUUGGACUUGAAAACCCCUCUAAGUCACUUCCCUUCCUUCCGUUUUGGGGUUCAAUUUGAGGAUGUGCACAGGCUCAGUGAUGGUCAAGUCAAGCACUCUCCCGAGUUCUUUUAUGCCGGUUCAUUGUGGAAGGUUAGUGUUCAGGCCUUUAAUGAUGAAGAUCCUCAAGGACGUAGGACUCUGGGACUAUUUCUUCACCGUCGGAAAGCUGAAAUAACUGAUUCUCUUGGAAAGGUUCACAUGUUUAUCGAUUCGCGGGAAAAGGUCACCGCUCGUUAUCAGCUAAUUUGUCCAUCAAAGCGAGAUGUAAUGGUGUUCGGAAGCUUCAAACAGAGGGGCACUCUUCUACCAAAAGCUCCCAAAGGUUGGGGAUGGAGGACAGCUUUGUUGUUUGAUGAACUUGCUGAUCUUCUUCAAAAUGGCGCCUUGAGAGUAGCUGCCGUCGUGCAGCUUGUCUGAAAUCAAACAACAAUGUUAGCCCUGUACAAAGUUACUUUUCGGAGUGAGAUCAUCGGAUACUGGUAUGUUCAAUUUUUUUUUUGGUUUUCUUGUGCAUCUGUGGAUCUUUUUGGAAGGUCAUAUCCUUAUCUAAUGGGUACUUGAAAAAAAAAACUGAAGAAUCGGAGCAACAUAAGUCUGGGAAUGGAACAUUGUAGGAAACUAAAACCUGACAUACAUUGCUUUCUGCAUUUUUGGUUUUCAAAAAAAAGAAGAAAAAAGAAAAAUAAUUGUGAUUCUUGUAAGACCUAAUUUCAUUUGGCAUAGUUAAUUGUAUGUAUAAUGUAAUUAUGAUAAAAAUAUAGAUAUUGUAUCACUUACCAAUGGAUGGAAUGAAUGCUGAAAUCAAGAAAUGUAUCAAAAUAACUUGUUUACUAUUAUUUCUGAAUUGUGUAACUUUUUCUUUUGUUUUAAAUUAAAAAAGAAUCUGUAAUGGAAAUCAAAUUAUGAAAAAUUUCAACCUUUUUCUCUUGUAUAACAAUAAAGCAUUGGGAUUAGCUUAAUUCAGCAGCACAUGGGUGAUGGUUGAUUUUAGUGACCUUUGUCAAAUUUAACAGUUGGUACUGUAUUGUAUUAUCAAAGAAAAUGUGAUUUUGUAAAACUCGAUUAAAUGGGUUAAAAACCAUUCAGUUUUGUUAUUAUAAGGUAUAAAAUGAAUGUAUAUUAAUAUUUUUACAAUCUUUCUUGAUUUCUUUGCCCUCAUUUUUAAGUUAUUUUUCUUCAUUUUGUUCAUUAUUAUUAAAAGUCAAUGAUAUAAUUGGUUUUAAAUAGGAGCUAAAAUUUUUAAAAGUGCAGGUUAACCCUUCUUGAAAAUACUCGAAUGCCAUAUAUUAGAUUUUACAUUAUGUUUUUAUUAUGUUCUCUCUGUUUUUUAAGCAAUAUUUGAGCACUUCUAUAAAUGUUGAGCUUUUAUAUAACCGCUUUUUACGUGAAUAAUUUCUUUUUGGUUAGAUCCUAAUUUGAACAUUUAGUCUUAUUUAAAAUACCAUGUAAAUUCGAUAUGAUCUUGUAUAUAUUUCAUUUCAUAUUGUUUGAUUUUUUGUUGUGUUGACCAUUCGGAACCAAGAAAUCAGUAUCAUUUAAGAUGUUGUCAAAGCCUGAACCGAAGAGCAAGUUCACAAAACUAACGUCACACAAUAAGUUUCUAACAAAGGAUGAAGUGAUAAUGGAGUAAACCAUUUAAGAUGCUUUUUAUUUCAUGCACUACUUAAAUUUACCAACAAAGUUUGAUGUUCUUAAAUUCUGGUUACGUGUAAAUCUUCAAGAAAAUUUAAACCUGACAAUUCUGAAAAUGCACAAAUUAAUCCAUAUCAUCCAUUAUAGUUUAGAUAUCAAAACACUCGAACAUAUGCUCAUUUAAAAAGUCUAAUUAGAGACAAACAAAUAGCUUGAGUAUUUUCAUAGGUUUAUGAAUUUUGCAUUUAAAAUAAUUAAAAUUUAGUCAUAAUAUUAUGUUUAACAUGCCAUAUUUGUCCCAAAAACCUCCUUCCAAUAAACUUAAGUAGUAAUAGAACAAAGAGUUAAAUUAUUGUUUAGACAACCCAUAAAAAUAGAAACCAUUCCAUGAUAAAACAACAAACAAUUAAAUCAAAAACAUCAAAAACCAUAAAUAAUUUAUGUCUUUAGCAGAGUACUGAAAAUAAGAGACAAAAGCAAUAAUAAAAAGGACUAAAUUCUUCAGCAACCACUUUUUUUCCCUUUGCUUCAAACCUCAGCACUUGACCUCCUUCAAUGCAUAGGCAAAGUACAAAAAUGUCGGGUCAACAGCACCAUCCUUGUAGUAAGCAAAUACCAAACAUCCAUCAUCGUGCAUGCU